AAAGCAGUCCGCUUGAAGUGCAAACAGUUCGCAACGAACGCGCAAAGUGAACGGAACGUCGACGACCUCAAAGUUUAGAGGCGCCCAAAAUAAUCCAGUGAAAAAAAAAGAGAAUUAAAACAAAACCAAUACAAAACAAUGGCCGCCAUUAAGGACAGUCUGUUGGCCCAGGUUGCUGAGGUCCUGCCCAGCUCCGGGCACAAGGUCACCAUUGUGGGCAUCGGCCAGGUGGGCAUGGCCAGCGCCUUCAGCAUCCUGGCUCAGAACGUCUCCAAGGAGGUGUGCCUCAUCGAUGUCUGCGCGGACAAGCUGCAGGGCGAGCUGAUGGAUCUGCAGCACGGCUCCAACUUUCUGAAGAACCCCCAGAUCACGGCCAGCACCGACUUUGCCGCCUCGGCCAACUCCCGUCUGUGCAUCGUGACCGCCGGAGUGCGCCAAAAGGAGGGCGAGUCCCGCCUGUCCCUCGUGCAGCGCAACACCGACAUCCUCAAGAACAUCAUCCCCAAGCUGGUAGAGUACAGUCCCGAUACCAUUUUGCUUAUGGUGUCCAAUCCCGUGGACAUCAUGACCUACGUGGCCUGGAAGCUGUCCGGUCUGCCCAAGAACCGCGUGAUCGGCAGCGGCACCAACUUGGACUCGUCCCGCUUCCGCUUCCUGAUGUCGCAGCGCCUGGGCGUGGCACCCACCUCCUGCCACGGCUGGAUCAUCGGUGAGCACGGCGACAGCUCCGUGCCCGUUUGGUCUGGAGUGAACAUUGCCGGCGUGCGUUUGCGCGAGCUGAACCCCAUUCUGGGCACCGGCGAGGAUCCAGAGAAGUGGAACGAGCUGCACAAGCAGGUGGUGGACUCCGCCUACGAGGUGAUCAAGCUAAAGGGAUACACCUCCUGGGCCAUUGGCCUGAGCACCGCCUCCCUGGCCUCGGCCAUCUUGCGCAACACGAGCAGCGUGGCCGCCGUCUCCACCUCCGUUUUGGGCGAACAUGGCAUUGACAAGGAUGUGUUCCUCUCGCUGCCCUGCGUUCUCAAUGCCAACGGUGUGACAUCCGUGGUCAAGCAGAUCCUGACUCCCACCGAAGUUGAACAACUGCAGAAGUCCGCCAACAUCAUGUCCGAUGUCCAGGCUGGUCUGAAGUUCUAAAUCAAAGCAUUCAACUAACAGAUCCAUUCGCAACACCCAAAAAGAAAACAACACACAAAACAGAGCGGAAUGCUAAUUUUAGUCCAAUUUGGAGCAGCAGGGGAGCAGAAGCCAGUGAAAAGAUGCCACGGAUCGUAGCAUCAAGUAUUUCUGACUACCAAUGUUUAUUUUUAGUCCACCUCUCAAUUUAUUUAUUAUUUUUAUGAAUUAGUUCUUGUGUGCCCACACGAAUAAACUGUUUAAAUUUUAAGUUUAACCUGCCAUGCUCUUGUUAUUUGUUUCAUCUCGUCUUCUUCUCUGGAUUCUUUGCAUAUUUAUUUAUGAUUUUUUUUGGCCUGGAUUAGCGAUGCUCAUACACAACUUUAGCACCUAAGGAAUCUAAUUUUAAGGCCACUCUAGAGAACUUCCGUUGGGAAAAGAAUCAGAGUCAGACAACAACCGCCGCUACCUCAUUAGCGUAAAUUUUGAAUUGUGAAUCGCGCUUGUCAGUCAAGACGAGGAGCUCUAGUCAAAUUUACAGCCCUACUAACUAUACUCGAAAAAAAAGCAAACUAAGCAAAGCCCAUAUAGUCAAAAUAUACAACUUAAUGAAUAAAGAUUUAGCACCUAGUUGGUUUCGAGCACCCAUCAAAAAACUAGAU